AUGAUAGAAAUUAGUACAUUGGACUCUUCGGGAAAUAUUGUAAAACCAUUAGGUUCAAAUUCAAGUAUUUGGGCAUAUGAAGCAUUGCAACCAAAUGCUACAGUUUCACCUGUAAAAGUACCAAAAACAAAUUUUGAAGAUCCUACAACUGGAACAGCUUUAAUUUCCAAUUUGAUAUUUUCGGAAUCUGGUCAGGCUGAUCUAUUUGUUUCGGUGAUUUCACCAAAUGAAUCAACCAGAUUAAAUACAUCUUUAACUUUUCCUGUAGCAAAUAAACAGCUAAGUUUACUGAUUUGUCCAAUUCCAUCUAAUUCUGAUAAUUCAAUUAUCAAAUUAUCUGUUAAUCAAAACUUUACCAUUCAAAUGAACAUUAUUGACAAACAAAGUGGUGCUCCAGUUGAAAGGAUUAAUUGGCGAAAUUUAAUAUGGAAAUUCACUGGUGAUAUUUGUCCAAAUAGUAGAAAACCAAAAAAUAUUCCAAUAAAUUCCUCUUCUUCAUUAGUAUAUGAUUUAUCUAAGACAAAUAACAAUUUCACAUGGACUAUUAAUGGAUUUCAAUUAUCUUGGGUAUAUACAUAUUGCAUUAGUGCUAAUGCUUAUUUAAAUGACAGUAUAACAAGACAAUUACAAUAUGAUUUACCAAUAACCAAAUUUAGAAUUUAUGUUAAUCCAGAAAAUUAUACUGAACCAACUGAAAAAGUAAUGAAACCAUUUCGAUUUAAAGUUACUGGUAGUUAUGAAAAUAUGUUACUAUAUGUUGAUGAAUUUAAAGCUGCUAUACAAUCUGAAUUAUUAAUGCGUUAUCCUAAUAUAUUAUUUGAAAAUAUAACAUUAAGUAAAGGUAGUAUAACUGUAGAUUUGAUUGCAGCAUCUGAUACGAUAACUGUAAUCCAAAAUGCAUUGACCAGUUUUACAUCUUCUUUAAAUGAUGGAAGUGUUACUUUUUCCGUCGGAGGUGUUGAUUAUACAGCAACAAAUGACAAAACAAAUGCUGGAUGUAGAUCAACUGGUUUUCUAACAUCAUUGAUAACAACUCUACUCAAUUUAUUAAUUUAUAAAUUAUUACCCAGAAUUUAUUUACUUUGA